GUGUAAAUAAGAUAUAGGAGGGUGCGGGAAUAAUAAGAGCUUUGAAAAAGUCUUGAUGAAACAUUCCUUUUUUUUAAUUUUCCUAAAUUAAGAUAAAAUUAAUUUUUGUUUACUAGUAGUGGGUAGUAUUAAUAUGGUAUGACUUCACUAUAAAAAGUUCAAAUCCAACCAAACAAUUGCAUCAUUUCUUGUUCUCCAUCUCCCACAACAAAAAAAAACAAAACAAAAAUGGAGUCAUUGAAGAAGCCCAAUUGUGCAAACUCAAGCCCUCUGACUCCCCUCGGAUUCAUCGAAAGGGCAGCCACCGUAUACGCCAACUCUCCCUCAAUCAUAUACAACCAUCUCACCUACACAUGGACCCAAACCUAUCGUAGAUGUCUCCAACUAGCUUCAUCCAUCACCCGUCUCUCCAUCGGCAAGGGCGACGUCGUUUCGGUCCUCGCUCCCAACAUCCCCGCUAUAUACGAGCUUCAUUUCGCCAUCCCCAUGACCGGCGCAAUCAUAAACACAAUCAACACCCGUUUGGACGCACGUACCAUCUCCGUCAUCAUCCAACACAACGAGUGUAAACUCCUGUUCGUUGAUUACCAGCUCACUCCUGUUAUCCUAGAAGCGCUUUCUUUGCUUCCGGAUCAUUGUCCUCACCCGAUACUCGUCCUAAUCGCAGAUGACGAACCAGUAUCUUUACCUACAGGUAAAUUUAUUAAUACUUACGAAGCUAUGGUGGAAGGUGGGGAUCCGGGAUUCAUGUGGGUCCGACCCGAAAAUGAUUGGGAUCCAAUAACAUUAAAUUAUACAUCGGGGACCACUUCUGCACCAAAAGGUGUGGUACACUGCCACCGUGGAACUUUUAUUGUAGCCGUAGAUGCUCUCCUGGAGUGGGUGGUCCCUAAACAACCGGUAUGUUUGUGGACCCUACCGAUGUUUCAUGCUAAUGGGUGGAGUUAUGUCUGGGGUAUGGCUGCGGUUGGUGCCACCAACGUUUGUCUCCGUAAGUUCGAUGCGAAGACUAUUUACACCGCAAUUCGGACUCAUCACGUGACGCACAUGUGCGGUGCGCCGGUUGUGCUUAACAUGUUGUCGAAUGGGGAGCGGUUAACCCACACGGUCCGUAUAAUGACGGCUGGGGCGCCGCCGCCUGCUGCGGUUUUGUUGCGGACGGAGGCUUUAGGGUUUGAUGUGACGCAUGCGUAUGGGUUGACGGAAACGGGUGGGCUAGUCAUUGCGUGUUCGUGGAAGAAAGAGUGGAAUCGGUUGCCAGUGAUGGAGAAAGCGAGGUUGAAAGCGAGGCAGGGAGUUAGAACUAUUGGAAUGACCGAGGUGGAUGUUGUGGAUCCCGAGUCAGGAGCGAGUGUGGCUCGGGACGGGGUGACUCAGGGCGAGAUAGUGUUGCGAGGUGGAUGUUUGAUGUUGGGUUACUUGAAGGACCCUGAGUCAACGGCCAAAUGCAUUAAAAACGGGUGGUUUUACACUGGUGAUGUGGGCGUGAUGCACACGGACGGGUAUUUGGAGAUCAAAGAUAGAUCAAAAGAUGUGAUCAUAAGUGGUGGAGAGAAUAUUAGUAGCGUGGAAGUGGAGUCGGUGUUGUACUUGCAUCCCGCGGUGAAUGAGGCUGCGGUGGUGGGACGGCCUGAUGAGUUCUGGGGCGAGACGCCAUGUGCGUUUGUGACUCUCAAGGAUGGCCACGGGAAGCCAAACCCGACGGGCGAGGAGAUAAUGCAGUUUUGUAAAGGUAAGCUACCGGGUUUCAUGGUUCCAAAGUCUGUUGUUUUCAAGGAUGAGCUUCCCAAGACAUCUACCGGAAAGAUUCAGAAGUUUACACUUCGAGACUAUGCUAAAAAGUUGAGUUCUACUGUAAAAAGUCGAAUGUAAAUCCGCUUAACUAUAUAAACUAGUGUUCUACUGUAAAAAGGCGAUUGUAAAUCGGCUUAACUAUAUAAACCUGUAUAUCAAAAUAAAUUGAUUCAUAAACCGCA